CCCAACGCAGGCGCGAAAUCUAACAUGGCGCUCUCCACAUCUUUUCAAGAGAUUCUGAUUUUGAGAGGAGAAACACACCGUUGGAAAGAUCUUACAAUAAAUUCAGGCGGCACACAAGGUGUCCUACAAGAUGUCAAUGUCGCUGAUAGCGCCGGAGGGUUCACUUACAAGGACAGCCACAAGGUCAACAGUGUAACUGCCAAUAGAUUUAUUUAUUGGCGUACGUCCCAGAAUCGCGUCGAGCUGGUCGAGAGCUCCCUGAACCACAAUCUCCAUGGCAACGCUUUGCGGCUCAACUUCCAGGGUUCUCCCAUCAUCCCGCGGGUGUCAAUUCACGAGACCCAUUCACACGUGGUGAUUCUCAUCGCUACGUUCACAUCAGUCCACCGUCUUCCGUUCCCGCACCCCAACAAGCUGACAAGACAGGACGCCAACGCUCAACUCUCAGGCUCCGACCUUGCCUCUAUCUUCGCCGACGCUUCCGUGACAAACUUCCGUGAUGCAUCCAAUAUGCAUGAGAUCGUUCAGAGUGGGUCGCAGACCUAUGAGUUCCAGGCCUGUGGGUCUUGGUUAACUGCUGAUGGCGAGGCCUGGUUUGCGCUCUCCGUUAGGACUGGAAGUCUGGUACUAGUCAAGAUGGCUCCUCUAGGCUUAAGGGGUAUUACUACACAAAAUGAAGUCAAGGAAUCUUCUAUUAUGGAGCGUUUAUGGACAGGACUAGUUCCAGUCUCCAUCAGGAGAGACCAGGAUGCUAUCUACCUAGCCCAGAGUGUAGCCGUCCGCCCUCUAGGCCAGGAUAUGAUGGCUUUCUGCGUUUGUCGGGAUCACAAACUAAGGAUCUGGUCCUGCAAGAACUUGAAUUGCCUUAUCACCAGUGAUCUAACCAGCUUCCUGCCAGAGGGCAUGAUGGGAAUGGAUGAUCAGCCAAUCCUUCGUCACGAGAUUCGGGUCAUUCAAGGGUCAACGACCUCAAGUCUGACCCUCGGUGUAUACUUAACCAUCUCACAUUUUUCGCUGUUUCUGAUACUGGAGCAGCGAUGGCAGGACGGACAAUGCCGUCUGUACCAUGUGACCACGUUAGACGAUGUCAAAGGUCAAACACUGGUUGACUUCACAAUGACGAGCUCCCAUGUCGUUGCAAUGUGGGGUUUACCUGAUGGUCGCACUGUGGUGAAGAGUACAUGCUAUUCAAAGCAAAGAACGGAAGGAUGGCUACCUGUAUACCUGGAAACUGACCAGCUGACCAGUGUCCAAGUUCCAUCAUUUCUUGACCCUCGGGAAGCCUAUUUGGAUCACAUCUUUAAGCCUGGAAGGUUUUCGGUUCAAACCAUUCUCAAAGCUCUUCAUACAUACAGCCGUUCAACUGGCUCAGAUCUCGGAAGUCUGAUGGAUGUUGAUCUACCCGACCCUUUGGUUCUGCGUCAGGAUGCGUCCAUCGUCGUGGAAACAGAGAUACAACAGAGGGUUGGCGGAGGGGAAGUAUCCCAGGGGGAGUACAGGCAACUGGUGGAACAGAGCAUGAGCAAGUUUCUAGCAUGUUGCGUGGAAUAUCAUCAAGUUGCCAACAAGCCUUUAGGGUUUUUCUUGGAUUGUAACACACACAUGCCAUGCCUUAUCAAAAGAAAUCUGAUAUCAGUUCUUCAGCCGGUAGGUCUGGUAGAGGACAUCCACAUGGGGGUCAAGAGAGUGUUCAGUUUGGAGGAUCUAGGAUUAGAGCUGUCUGAUCAAGACCCCACCAUCAUCCAGGACAUCCAAUCACUCCAGGAAUGCAUCAAUCUUCUCUCAUCUUCUUCCGUUGCCAUGGAAAUGCAAGGAUUCGCAGACUCUCUCUUGCAGCUCCAGCCUCCGAUGGAUAUUGCCCAGAAACUCGCCAGCAACAUCAUCAUAUCAAAUGUUCCCCAGAAUCAGGUUAUAAGGGAGCAGGUUUCACAGGCUCUUAGUAGGAUUAUGGACCCAACAGGAGUUUUCAGAACAGUUCUUCACCUUGUUGACGUCGCAGGAGGUGAACCUGAAAAUCUUCUCGCUGAAUUGAGUCAUCUUGGCCAAGGCAUUGCCCAUAGUCCCAUACACCAUACUCUGAGUAGUGACCUCUCUGUAGUCUGCGUGGCUGCCGGCUUCGCAAGGUUCUCCCAACUCAGGCUAGAAUUCAUGCAGUUUCUUCUGGUCCUUGAGUGUAUGAUCUUGAGACUAGAAUCACAGCUACCAUGGUCUGCUGAAUGCAUUAAGAAGUUAACCCGAGAUACGAUACCAAUCUUAUUUACCUUACCAUUCUUACCCCAUCUCAGCUACCAUGGUCAGCUGAAUGCAUUAAGAAGUUAA